UUUUUUUGUUAAUGUCGUAGUAGAGCUGCACUAAUGCGCUAUUGGUGACCGUAAAGUAAGAAGAAGGUUCAACUGGUUAAUAAGAAAAUAAUUUUAACUCAAAUGAAAAGGUUAAGUGCGUAUCGAUUGCUUGAUGAAAUCACUAAAUAAACAAAUCCGAUUCACAUGCUAGUUUCUCUUGAAUUGUAAUUCAAUCAAAUCAAGCUCAUCUAGAGCAAACUUACAUCACUAGAAUUGUGGAGUUUUCCCCCCAUUUUUUCAAUCACUAAAAUUUGAGCUCUACUGUAGAAAAAUGGAAUAUACGAUAAAAAAAUAUGAAGGAAACAAAGUGUUCAAUGACAGUUCAGAUCUUUUUGAGCUUUUUUGCUGUAUGAUCAAGCACCAGUGCCUAAAAAUUCCUCCAUAUGUUUCCGAACAUCAUUUACUUUCAUGGACUUGGAACAAAUCAGAAAUAAACAAUGCCAGUCCUGUUAUUAAGAAAAUAAAGCUUUUAGAAGAUUUAUGCCACUACAAAUUUGAUAAGGCUCUAAGCAUAAAUGAUGAAAUUGUUUUUAAUUCCAAUGCGAUUAAUAUCUUACAUUCAGGCUAUUAUAGUCGGCAUGGGAUAGUAAUUCCUUUUAACAUUUUAAGCAUAUUAUCAAGCUUUACUAAGUUAAAAAGACAUUUUGUUGAAAAACCCAAUUUAACUCCCAAACAAGAGUUCAUCAUUUUGUUACCAUCCUGUGAUGUAGAAUACGCUUCAAAAUUUUAUUCAUUUCGAAAAAUCGACUCAUUUUUCAAUUAUUUUCAUUUUAAAGGCUCAAGAAUUGAAGUACAGCCCGAGCUAUUCCUAGGGUUUGAAGACAUUUCUAGGGAAAGCUGUUCUCAGAAGACAAAGGAAAGUAAUUUUAUCUUUGCAAGUUCCCCCACAAGUAAAUUGCCUUUUACUGACAAAGAAAAAUGUCCUGAUUCGAUUUGGAAUGAUUUUAUAGAAACAGAUUUUGCUUCGAAGAGAUCAAAUAGUUCUGAGAAAAUACAAAUGAGUUGUCUUCUCAAAUCAAAUUUCAAAUUUCAUUCCGUUAAAUCUCGCGACUAUUUAAUGGAUUUAAUGAAGAAUUAUAAACAUCUAUAUUUUCCAAUGAAAAGAUGCGUUAACGCAGUUCGAAAACAGAGAACUUCAACCAAUAGGUUAUACAAUGUUUUCACUAAGAAUAGACAAUUCAGUAAAAACGUUCUUUAUCGCAAUUAUCAAUGUUCUAAACGAUAUUAUUUUGCAAAAGACGCAACUCCUACUAUUGCUAACGAUUGCCUUUCAGUCGAUACAGAAAAUGGUGAUAAACCUUGUUCCAGCUUACAAGAGAAUUUCAUAGAUCAGGAAAUAUCAGGAAAGCACAUAAAGUCGAAAAUUGCUGAGAUAAGACAAAAAAUCGAGAAUCUUUCACGCGGUGUAAAUUGCGAAUUAAUUCGGAGGGAACGCCAUCAUCUGACUUUUAUCGAACAAUGCAAACGAAUCAGUGACUCAACCAUUUCGUCUCAUGAUUACAAUGAAAUCUAUCAUACGGAAUCGUUACAAAAUAAGGUAAAAGUGUCGUGUAGUGAUGACAUUAGUGAUUUCAAUUUAUCAGAUCUACAUGAAAAUGCAAAUUCUUGUUAUGAAGUUAUCCGUCGAAGUAAAACGUUAAAUUCUACUAGCGAAGUUCCAAAGAAAAAUCAGACCUCAAUUCCUCAUUCUCAAGUUUUUAAUCAUCGUAAAGUUAAUUCUCGAGAUCAUGUUCAACAUCAAAGUGCAGCUUUAAAUUCUCAUAAACAUAUUUUAAAACAAAAUGGAGUUUUAAGACAGAAAAAUAUAAGUUACUUAGGAAACUGUUUUAGAAACUUUCGACAUCAAACAGUUGUUGCUUUAAGUACUAUAAGCGUACCAUUUGUUGCUUUGCUUUUCAGAUAGAAAUAGCUCGCUCAUGACUCAAACUGAGUCAUGAACUAUACUUUUAAUUUUAUUUUGUCAAAAUUUUUACAAGAUUUUGAAGGGUAUUUUAUCAAAACAAUAUUAAAACCAUAGUUCUUCGUUAAGUUUGUUUUGCUUUUAAUGUUUAGUAUUUUUACAUUUCAUUUGUUAGUGUUUUGUUUUAUGCUCAUGUCAUGUAUUUAAUUAUUAUUAUUAUUAAACUUUUUAAAUUCAUAUGACUGAUUUCCACAAUCUGUACAACAUUUUUAAUAAAGUUUUAUUGUUAAACAUAG